AUGGCAGCCGCAGAGGCCGCUCCCCAUUUUGGGGCAGAGUUGAAGGAUGCUUUCAAACCAGUCAACAAUUGGGUUUCCAAUGGAAUAUCCUGGAUGGAGGAAGUACAGCAGUUUUAUCGGGAACGAAGCGUCAUCGAGAAGGAAUAUGCAGCAAAGCUUACGGCUCUAUGCAAGAAAUACUAUGAUCGCAAGGCAAAGAAGAUCAGCCCGCUGAGUGUCGGGGACAACCCUUCCAUGACCCCCGGGUCCCUCGAAAGCGCUUCCCUUACGACGUGGACGACACAAUUGUCUGCGGUUGAAUCGCACGCUGCGGAGCGGGAUAAAUUUGCGACAGAUCUGGUAGCUCAGGUCGCGGAGCCACUGAAACACUCUGCAGCCCAAUAUGAGGAGGUGAGGAAGUGCCACGUCGAUUUCCACGGGAAGCUUGAAAAGGAACGAGAGGCCAGCUUCGGCGAACUUAAGAAAGUCAAGGGCAAAUAUGACGGUGCCUGUCAAGAGGUCGAAACUAGGAGGAAGAAGAUGGAGAACGCUUUUGAUCACAGCAAGACAAAGGCCCAGACGGUAUAUCAACAGCAGAUAAUGGAGAUGAACAAUUCCAAGAACACAUAUCUCAUAAGUAUCAAUGUGACCAAUAAGAUGAAGGAAAGGUUCUUCCACGAAUUUGUGCCUGAACUGCUUGAUGGACUCCAAGACCUCAACGAGUCUAGGGUAGCAAAGCUCAACUCGUUAUGGACUCUUGCAGCUCAGCUUGAGAAAGCAUCGCUAACAAAAAGCUCGGACCACAUGUCCAAUCUGAUCGCCCAAGUCCCUAGGAACCAGCCUCAUCUCGACUCCCUCAUGUUUCUGCGGCACAAUGUUACGCAGACCCAGGAGCCAGCCAACAUGGGUUUCGAGCCUAGUCCCGUAUGGCACGACGAUGAAGCAAUUAUCACCGACGAAGCUGCCAAGGUGUUCUUGCGCAACCUUCUUAGCAAGAGCAAAACGCAAGUCCGAGAUCUGAGGGUCGAAUCCGAUCAGAAGCGACGCGACGUGGAACAAGCAAAACGCGUACGGCAGAACAUCCAACAGGGGCGCGACGAGCGAAACGAAGUAGAUGUUGUAAAGUCUAUUUUCUACAUCCAGGAAGCGCUCCAUGAGAUAGAGCGUAAACGACUCACCGCCGAAGUUGAAACAGCAACAAUCAUAUCGGUGGUUGGAGAUCUCUCGGUUGGAGCUAAAAACCACAAUUUCAAAUCCCAGACAUUCAAGAUUCCCACUAAUUGUGACCUUUGCGGAGAGCGCAUCUGGGGGCUGUCCGCCAAAGGCUACGACUGUCGGGACUGCGGGUACACCUGUCACAGCAAGUGUGAGAUGAAGGUUCCAGCAGAAUGCCCGGGAGAGCAGACCAAGGAAGAGAAGAAAAGGCUCAAAGUAGAGCGUCAAGAACAAGCCAGCGCGGCACCAGCUGUUGAUCUAGGGCCCACUAGCUCCUCGUCGGUAGCCCCAUCACUUGCUCGACGAGACACGAUGAACUCCUUGAGCUCCGGCUAUGCAGUCAGUGCUAACAGGUCCUUAUCCAACGUUAACACUCAAGAGUCUGUUGCAGAGCUUCCGGAUAGCACGCCUGCAACCCCGGAGGCCCCUGCAGCACCUGCGCCUGCGGCUCCUACUGCAACCAAACCAACGGUAAAGCGAAAUAGGGUUCUCGCUCCCCCACCCGCAGCGUAUGUCAGCAGUCCACCACCGGCAGAGUUACCUACUCCCACUGCGUCGAAAUCCAGCGAGCCUCGUGGAAAAAUGCUCUACCCGUACCAAGCCACCGGGGCAGACGAAGUCACCGUUCAAGAGGACGAGGAAGUAACCAUUCUCGAGCCAGAUGAUGGAUCGGGUUGGAUGCGCGUUCGAUCUGGAUCCUCCGGCGAAGGCCUCGUUCCCGCGUCUUACCUCGAAGCAUUACCCGCCGUAUCCACCUCGGCCAGCCCUGGUAUCCCAGCCCGCCCCGGGUCAACUUACUCAAACUCUUCCGCGUCGCUAGCCGGUAGCACAGCAGCGGCUGGGGGGAAGCGAGUAGGGCCCGCGGUGGCACCCCGUCGCGGAGCAAAGAAAUUGCAGUACGUUGAAGCGCUCUACGAUUACGAUGCCCGAAGCGACAUGGAAUGGAGCAUGGCGGAGGGAGACAAAUUCGUUCUGAUCAACCGAGACACCGGCGAUGGAUGGGCGGACGUUGAGCGCGGCGGCGUUACAAAAAGUGUUCCCGCGAAUUACAUUCAAGAAGUAUAG